AUGACAGACCUAACACCAGUGAACAGGAUUCUAUCAUCCAACGAUUUCACGCCACCCGGGAUUUUCACGGAGACAGUCCAACGUUGGGGCUGCUGCGGAAACGCCACGUGGACAUCACCAUCCUCAUCAUCGUCAUCAUCAUCAUCAUCAUCCUCGUCAUCAUCGUCGUCAUCAUCAUCCUCGUCAUCAUCACUCGAUGAGGUGUCGUUCGAGUGGGCCGCCGUGGAGAAAGAGGCGCCACGUGGCAAGGAAAAAAAGUUGCCGGCGGCACGGGAGACAAGGGGAUGUGUGAUGGGUCGGAUGAGAGUCUGGGAGAGUGGCCGCCGGAGAGUGCGGAGGAGAUGGGCGGAGGAGGUGGCGGAGAUGGCGAGGGCUCGCCGGAGGGGAAGGGCGCAAGAUGCCAUGUGGACUGAUGGGAAUAGAAGAGUUUUGGGGUUUGGAUGA